AGGCUCAAACGGAGCGAACGGAGGCGUUGGAUUUAUCGGUGCCAAAAGUGAGUGAGGAAGGAUUGGAACCAUACGACUCAUUUAUUGAAGAAGUGAGUAAAGGUCAGGGAGGGUCAUCGAAUCGGCCAAUCCAACGAGUGAGUGCUAAACGGAAAUUGCAGUCUGAUGUUCGUCAACAAAUAACAACGGACUCGAAAAGGCGUAAAAUGAACGAUACCGAACAUAAAAAGAUUCAUACAAGUCAAAAGCUGUACAAUUGUUCGAUAUGGGGGAGAAAUUUCACUCAGUCAUCGAAUUUUGGCUCACAUGUGAAAACUCAUACGGAUGAAAAGCGGCGCAGUUGUUUGAUCUGCGGGAAAAGCUUCCUUCGAUUAGCGGAUUUGAGAAGACAUAUGAAUAGAUAUAUUGAUAAAAAGUUGCACAGUUCAAGAUGGAACGAAAGUUUCUCCGACUUAUCGCACUUGAAAAAAGGCACGAUGAAUGAUACCGAUGGAAAGCCGUACGGUUGUUCGGAAUGCGGGGAACGUUUCGCUCUGCCAUAUCAUUUGAGAGCUCAUAUGAUGGCGGAUCAUAACCGUGAAUAG